CGUASGGUACGUUUACGUACGGUACCGUGCGAUGCAAGAUGCUGUAGGCAGAACAUAAUACUUUUAGUCCACUUUUUGAGAGAAUAGUCGUACUCCUGCCAUCUACCGGUACCGUAUCGUAAAAUUCGAAUACUGUACCGUACGGUGCAACACACUCUACUCGACAGACAUACCACACCGUAGCAUUUCUGUCCUCUCUAUCAACACCGAAUGAUUCGCACUGGGAGCAUACAUACAUUCAAAUACAUUUAUGCACAUCAUGGUGAAGCGCAGUAUCUUUCGUAGAAGAAGGAGAGAGGGAGACGACAUCGAACACAUCAGAACAUUGGAACUCGAGGGAUAUGCCACUGCAAUGGGCGCUGUCUUGAUUGUGGGGGUGGGCUUUGCGAUGGCCCAUAUGUGCGUCUUUCUCCUCCAACCUKCCUGUAUAUACCAGCAAGAUAAUUCGACAUUGAAUCCUCCUACCGCUACGAUGGAUACGGCUCCCUUCAACGCAACCCCACCCGAGCCCGGUGUUACACCGGCUGYCGUUCCCAAAACGGCUGCAGCAGCCGGAGUUGCGAUUACAAAAAGUGCACAUACGAGCGAUUCACAUGCAACUACAACCGCCAACACAAAAACGGAAUCGAUGCCUGGAUUUCCUCCUACUUGCACCGAUGAGCAGUUCGCUGUCCUGCACAAACAGCUCCCACCGGAGGGGUGCGAAGAGAAUGCMAAAAAACCAUGGAAGACAAAAAUGUGUUCCUUCGCCAAGGAGACACACUGCGGGAACGGGAACCCUCACUGGUUUUAUGACUUUAUACACCUUCCACAGUCGUUAUCUUCUGACGACGAUCCAACCUUUAGGGGUAUUAUUGUGGGAUGCAACAAAGGAUACGAAGCCGUAGAAAUGCUUCGGAUUGCAUCGCCUCCCAACGAAAAGUAUAACCUCUCGCAAUGGAAGGAAGAAUUCUUAAAAAUGGGAAGCUCCGAAGGUGAGAUCGAUACCCAUUUCGAUACUUCCRUCGAUUGCAAGGCCGAUGGCAUGGCAACUUCCAACAGAAGCGGUCGCAUACAAAACGCCGAGGUCUAUUGCCUCGAGGCCACGCCCAAAACCUUUGCGAAACUGGUAGAAACCAGGGACGCGUUGGGAUACAGCGACGAGGAACUGCAUCUUUCGAACCUGGUCGUGGGCGCCAAUUUCGACGAGGACGAUAUGGACCUAGGAAAGUUGGUCACUACUGAUGAGCGCAUCGGUUCAAUGGGGGUUGGGUUGCAUCAUUGGGCACAAACUUGCGAGCGGCACAAGCACAAAAAUGUAAACAAAAAUUGCGUUCGCGUGCCGACAACGACCAUCGAUGGUUGGAUCGAGAAGCAUCCAAAAUUGAGCUCGACGUUGUCCACMACUAAGAGGACUCCCCUGAUCAACAUCCUGAGCAUCACCGCGGAAACGUCCGAUUACGAAAUCCUGAUGGGAUCGGCGAAAAGUCUGAAGAACAUCCAGUACAUCGAUUUCAAUUACCACUGGUACGCAAAUUGGGCAGAUCAUUCAYUCAAUGAUCUUAUCAUGCGAUUGAAAAAGAAGGGGUUUGCGUGCUACUUUACUAGCACAAAUGAGAAUAUGUGGAGGAUCACAGAUUGUUGGCAAGACCACUACGAGAUCAAGUACCAAGCGGCUGUCGGGUGCGUCAACGUGAAUCUGCCUGMCGCUAAACCACUUCUGGYGAAAAUGGAGGAAAUGUUCCUGUCGACUCUUCAGGACACGGAAUAAAAGAAAGCCACAGUCAUCCAAARUAAUUCAUCGACCGCGAUUKAUUUUCCAGGUUCGAUAGUUCGGUUCUGACCAGAUGCAGUUGCAACCCCUCAGAGCGGCCUGAACUCGACGUCGAACGACGACGACGAGAAAGGGCCUUCGUGAUUCCCAACAUUGUUCAUGUUGACUUCAACUCUCGGUACCUGACUCACUCUGAUGAUCUCUCGUACGAUGAGUCUCGUUGAUAAUAUGUYCUACUGAAACACCCCGCAGCCCAUAACUGAGCACCACAAAACGGUUGCGUUGCAAUGCGAAUGYGCAAAAUAAGAUAAAGAUUAUUUG